UGAGGCUACAGGCAUAGAUUCGGUCGGACAAGGAAGAGAAGGCAUUCGGCUUUCUGGGUUAAAGCAGGAGGGAGAUCGGGUUUGCGGUUCAGCCAAGUGAGGUUUUACGACAGAGGGGAUUCAGGCAAGACAAGGAUGGGGAGAUCGUGGAAGGAGGUCUUGAAGUCGACGGGAAGCAGAGGAGCUGAAGGUCUCACAGAUUGGAAGGCUUCAACCACAACUACAGGUAAGUAGAGUUGGGGUUUGGCUUGGGGUUUGCGGCAAGAGAGGCGAAUGGAGGAGGUCUUGGGUUUCGAAAAGGCGAAGAGCGGAAGUUCUCGUGUGGAGGAAGCGAACAAGAGCUUCGUUUGGUUGGAUUUUAAAGACGCUGAAGAGCAGCGAUCGAGGCAUGCGAAGGAUUUUCAGGAAGCGACAUAAACGACGCCGCAUGUAUAGUAUUCCAACGGGAUUUUUGCACAAGUUCAAUGGAAUUUCAAGUAUGAUUUAAUCCCUUUUUUAUUAUGAUAUGAAGGUUAACAACAAAGAAACUAUAGAGAAAAAAGUUUUAGACAAUUAAAUCCAAAUCUUAGAUCUCCUCAAUAUGGAAAAAAAAAGUCUCAAAAGAAAAUGGAUCAAAGGCUUAUAAUAAAUAAUAAUAAUUCAUAUAUUUAAUUCAAGUUUUAUGAAAACCCUCAUACUCAAUUUGAAAUCUCAAUUAUCUUCUCUUGAAUUUAUAGAGAUCAAUUGUGAUUAUUUUGUUAUAGUCAAUAAUGAUUAUAUGAUAUUUAAAAUCUUACAAUCGUGCAAUGAACUUAUUAAAAUGACAACAAGAAAAAAUAGCUGCUUUGAUUAGAAUUUUGAAAGUUAACAAAAAAAAAAAAAAAAAAAAAAAAAAAAAAAAAAAGAGAGAGAGAGAAUGAUGUCUAUUUUCUCACGAAGCGAACGGUCAAUCCCAUAUGCAUGCAUUCAAUAGACAAAUUUCCUCAUAAGAGGGCAAAGAUUAUUUCUAUAUAAUUAGAUUUUUAAUGUUUCUUACUUUUAAAAAUAUGAUUAUAAAUAUCAAUUCUUUUUAACAGUAAUAAACUUAAUGAUAUAUAUUAUAUAAAAUGUAAUUAACGAGAAUCCUGAAAUUGCUAAUACGUUGACUAAUGUUGAAGGCCAUUCCAAUGUUGAGAGGGUUGGUAAUGAAAUCUUAAAAGCUCCAGAAGGUUUGGUAACACCUACAACCUCUCAUGUCAAAACUUUUAACUGUUAUAGACAAAUCUUUUGCUGAAAAUGGUGAAAUUUCUAAUAUCUUUAUCUCUGUUGAUUCUAUGCUCAAUAAUUCUAUUUCCCCGCCUACUUUGGUUAAUGCCGAGAACAAUGACGAUGACCCUACUGAAGAUCAAGAGGAAGGGGAAUAUGUUCCUGGAAAGAAUUUGCCGGAUUCGAUGGAGAAGGGUAAUUACAAUAAAAAAGGGGAAGGUCAGUCUUCUGCUACUUUUUCUGAUAAAGGUAAAAAUACUGAGGAGGAAUGGCUUUCUAAAUCACACAAGAAAAAAAAGAAAAAUGUUAAAGUUACAUUACCGGAUACCCCUCGUUCUACCAGGGCUCAAACUAGUAACAAAAGUUCUAAUGAUUAAAGUCAUCAUUUGGAAUGUUAGAGGUAUUGGUGGUUCUGAUUCUAAAAAUCGGGUUAGGAAUUUAUGUCGUGUUCAUAAUAUUUCCUUGCUUGUUCUACUUGAGCCUUUUAUUUCUCCUGAUAAACUGACGUCUACUGCUGCUAGCUUAGGUUUUUCUUGUAGUUUUGCUAAUUGCUCCAAUAAGAUCUGGAUUAUGUGGAAAAAACAUUGUAAUGUUUCUGUUGUUCCUGAUUUUCGUCAAGUGGUUAAUGUGCAAAUCUCCUAUAACCAGUUUAUAUUUUAUGCAUCUUUGGUUUAUGCUUCCUCCACUAAAACUGGUCGUAUCCCUCUUUGGGAGUGCUUAACUAAUUUUACUCAUACCAUUGAUGGACCUUGGUGUGUUGGGGGUGAUUUUAAUAUCAUCUCUAAUGUUAGUGAAAGAUGAGGGGGUAACCCUGCUAAUAUGAAUGCUAUAAAUGAUUUUAAUCAGUUGAUUUCUUCUUGCAAUCUAACAGAUAUUGGUUUUUCUGGCAACUCCUUCACUUGGAAUAAAAAUAACCUAUGGCAAAGACUUGACAGGUUACUUUUCAAUAAUGAUUGGAUUGGUAAAUAUAAUAUGACUAGUGUUCAUCAUUUGAGCAGAACUCUUUCUAACCACUCUCCGUUGCUUCUUUCUAUUUCUAAUAGUAAUUUGACGGGCCCUGUGGCUUUUAGAUUUCAAAAUAUGUGGAUCAAGCAUGCUGGGGUUUUUAAUGCUGUGUCUGAUAACUGGAAUGCGUUGGUUUUUCCUGAUAAUAAUAUUCAAGUUUUCUUACCCAAUUACCCAAUGAAGACGAGAUUUGGAACACUAUCAAAGGCAUGAAUGUUGAGUCGGUGGCUGGACCGGAUGGGUAUACUACUAAAUUUUUUUGUGAAAACUUGGGAUAUCAUUAAAGCUGAUGUGGUGGAUGUUGUUCAUGACAUUUUCAAGGGUAAUUUCAGUUUUAAAAAUCUUUGGGAGAAGAUUAGAGUUAAAGAGGAGGUUUCUCAUACUUAUCAAGCUUUGUGGCAUAAUACCAUUCCUGUUUCUUAUUCAUUACUUGCUUGGAGAUGUCUUAAGGGUUACCUGCCGGUGGAUAGUAGAUUAUGGAGAAAAGGUUUUGGUGGGAUUAUUCGUAAUCAACAUGGAAAUCCUUUGGAUGCUUUUGCUGCGCCUCUGGAUUUUUGUUCUAUUGUGUCUGCUAAGCUUAUGAGUUUGAGUUUUUGCUUGGAACGUUGUCUGAAUUUGGGUUAUCAUCAUGUAAACUUUGAGGUUGACUCUAAAACUGUGAUUCAUGCCAUUUCUGAGAAUAUUAUUGGUAAUCCUAAUGAAUUUUAUACUAUUAGGAAAAUUAGGAUGAUGCUUGGUGAGAUGUCUUAUAAGAUUUCUCAUAUUUAUCGAGAAGGGAAUGUCUGUGCUGAUUGGUUGGCUAAAACUGAUGCUCAAAGCAUCUGUUUUCAGGAGUUUUCUAUUAGGGAUUUUCCUUCCCCUCUCAAAGGCAUGGUCUCUCUGGACAAAGCUGGCCUUCCUUAUUUUUGUCAUGAUUAACUUUGUUGGUGGGUUUUGAGGUUUGUUCUUGUCUUCUUUUUUUAUUUGGUUUUUACUAUUUGGUUUGUUUCUGGUGUUGGGGAUGGUUGUUCUUUGUGGCUGUUCUCUGGGGAUCGGUUUUUGUUCUGUUGUCUGUUGUUGUUUGCUGCCUAUGUUAAUAUUGAGGUGGUGAUUUCCUCUAUUGCUCAUAGCAGCUAUAAACCUGGGAGGUCUGUUUUUGCUCUGGUUUUGCCUUUAUGCCUGCUGUUUGUUGAUGCCAGGUUUAUGAUUAUUGAUGUGGUGAUCUUUUCUAUUACCGUUUGCUACUUUCUUUCUGGGGGGUCUGUUUGGCCCGUCUGGAGCUUUUGGAUUAUUUCGAAUAUCUGACAUAUUAGGAUGGAGUAGUUAAAGGUGAAUGUUUGGUGUGUUUGGUUUAUACUGGAGCUGAAUCUGGGUAUUUCUAUUAGUUGGUAUCCCUUACACAUUACAAACUUAUUUUCUUCUAUUACUUCUUAUCAGACUAAUCAUUCCUUUUGGAGAUUUCUUUGCAGGCCUAAUUCUUACUAAUAUUUCCUGAAUCUCAACGAUCGCAAGGUAC